AUGCGUCCAUGGACACCAGAAUAUGUCUCUCCUCCAGAAGAUGAUCCAAAAGGUAGAACUUAUUUUAAUUGGAGUGAUGAACGGCUACAAAAAUGGAAAGACGAUGCUAUCAAAAUGCAAGAUGCUCAUGUUAAGGAUAAUAAUCGUACAGAAUGGUUUGCCUAUGAACCUGCAGAUGGGGGUGAUCUGGAGUUAAGAAUUGCAGUGACAAUUUACGGUGUUAGAACGCCAGAGAAAGGCACUAAAGCAACUCCUUCGUCUCCUCUUAAUAGUUAUGAACGUGGUGAAAGACUUCAGGUUCGCAAACUAAAGAAAAAACUUAUCAAACAUUCAAAUAGUUCUGAAAAAAUCCUCAUGAGUGUUAUUUAUAUAUCAACUGCAACUUUGGUGGAAGGAGAUGAUAAAGUCUAUGCAAGUGAAGAACCAGUGUUUCGAAUCAACGGUCGCAAAAAAUACAUUGAUAAAAAUGGCAGAACUUACGUUGACUUUAAAGAUUAUAAAGAAAAUAACACAUUACAUAAGGUCGCCACAUUGGGUCCUGUAAAUGGAACAUAUACACUUGCCGAAAUAAAUAACAACGGCCGAGUACCUUUGGAACUGGGUGAAACACCUUCCUGUAAUCUACUUCAACGUAUUAAAGCUGUCGGUGAUACAGUUGUUAUGGUAGGUGGAAUAGUUCUGUCCGUGACAGGUGUUGUCACAUUUUUUGCUCCAGUCCUAUUUUCUGCACGAGCCUUGGCUGUAAUUCAAGCGGGCUCUUUUUUACUUACAGGCUACAACGUAGUUGGAGCUAGUGUGGGAAUUUAUGACAAAGCAUUACACGACGAAAGCAUUCGCACUGAGGUCUUGGUUUUAAUCUCCGCAGCAUUAUCUAGCUACACUGGAGUACUGCGAACACAGGCCGUACGAUACGCACGAGAAGGGAAAACAUAUGCUGAAGUUGUGGAAAAAAUUGGUGCAGCACAGAGAGCUAUGUUUGCUGUAGCCAAUGUUUUUACGAUUUGCUCUAGUUCACUUGCAUUACUUUCGUCCAUAUACGAUCUCGUGACUAAACGAGAACGUACGUGGCUAGAUUAUUAUCAACUAUCGAUGAGCUUAUUCAUGCUCGUGAACGUUUCUACAAAACCAAUAACUCUGAAAGCUGUUUUUGAAUCAGAGCAAAUGCAACACUUGAAACAAAUGAAAAAAAGCCUCAAAUCUGAUGAAGCAAAACAAGAAAUGUCAAAAAUGCUAGAAUCGCAUGCAACAUCUGAUGAUAAAGCCUAUGUGAUUCGGAAUCUUAACAAGAUUGAAAAUCCUACAGAAUUUUUCGAAUUGAUUCGCAAAACUGGUAGUCAGGUUACUUGUACUGCUGAUGGACUUGCUGUUAACGGAAAGAUUGACAUUUCUCCAUUAGCUUAUAAUGAUAUUGGCAAAGCGGUAUUUACAGAAAAACUCAAUCAAAUUUCGAAAUCUCAGGCAAGUGCAUUGCACACUAGCUUAAUGGACGAGUUUGCCGAUCAGGUACCCCCUGAGAGAAGACAAGAAUUCGAAAGUAAACUGAACGGCAUAAAGAAUUUGCCUGUCGAACAACAACAGGAAGCAACGAGAAAUCUUGUCCAUGAGUUUACACCUGAGAAUGGCCAAGCUCAAAGAGAUUUUGAUGAAUCGUGGGACAAGGCAAAGUCAACAUCUCAAAAUGCAUUGAAUAAAAAAAUCGAUGACAUGAUCGGAGAUCUAGGACAAGGAAGUGGUACAGAUGAAAAAAAAACUGAUUUUAAGCAGCUAGGGGAUCUAGCAAAAAAGCAACUGAAUGGUACAAUUACAGCUGAUGAACAAAACCAAUUACAACAGCAAUUAGACAAGUGUUCAAGUCAUCGGAAAGAAUAUUUUUUCAAAUCAUCAGCCGAUCAUCGUGAUGACGCGAGUAACCCUGCGAAUGAUGCUGCCUUCAAAAAGGACAUUGACACAUUUACAAACGCAAGAAAUGAACGUUUAUGUUAUCGUGUCAAUGUUGAGGAUGUGAAAAAGACUUUACGAGACAAUUUUGGAGUACCCAAUCAUGAAGAUAUUACUGUGAAAGGUCAAAGAAUAUUCGCAAAUAUGAAGACUAGUGAUUAUGACCGGUUAAAUCGUGUUCUGAAAACAUACGGUGACCGAGGUCCGAGUUUAUUAACUGCUGCCGAAAAACUUGGAAAUGAUCCUGCUUUCGCAGGACAAGUUAGAACACCCAGUGAUAUAGCGUCGAUUACAGAAGCUCUGGAUACGGCAAGAGGAGACCUUCAAGGUAAUGCCCAACGUCGAGCCUUUGUCAAUGGUGUGGCUUCUGGUAGUGGUGAACAUUAUGAAAAAUUUCGAAAUGAUUUCAACGCAAGAAUCAAUGCAGUGAAUGCGCUUCCUGCAGAAACUAGAUGUCAAUGGAGUAGUCCUCUUUCUAUGUCUUAUCAUUGGUGGAAGCAUGAAAAAGAUUUUGUUCCAGGUCGAGCAUUAACAAUCAAUGAAUAUUUUGGUACAUAUGCAACUGAUAUUUUCACAACAGAAAAUUACAUCGGAAUAAGUCAUACCCAAACAGGUGAUCUUAAACAAUCUUAUGCACGAAGUUUUGGGCAGCGUCUUCAUGUUGGUUUCACUUUUGGCGAUUCAGUAACAAAAAAUGCAAACUUAACCGCCGACGGAUUGAUUAAAGAGCUAUUCUCUAGUGGUGAAUCUGACCUAUCAUCUCUCAUCGAAUCUUUCGUCGUCAAAGAAUUCAUUCGACAGAAUAAAAAUCUCUGUCGCAUUACAGCUAAUAAUUGGAUAGCAUCCAAUCUUCAAAAUGGAUCAAGUGAUUUUAUUCGAAGAUUUAUUGCUGCUGAACAAGCAGAUAAGCUUAUAGAUAUUUUCCCACCAGAUUUACAAACUCGAUUAAUUAAUCUGAAAGUCGAGGAUGCUGUUGGAAGUUUACUGAUCGAAUUCAACCGACUUUUUAUCAGAUUACGGGAAAAAUUCGUACCUGCUCAAAGUGAAGAUAAAUUUCGUAGUUUUCUUGUCCAAUGGUUUCAAAGCGGAUUCAUGCCGUUAGCUGCAUGGAAAGUUCUCAUUGAAUGGAAGCAAAGCGGUCUAACUGUUCUCAACUUGAAAAACCUAAAAUGUCCACCUUCUGCUGAAAAUGAUACUAAUUGGCGGCAAUUGCAACGUCUAUUGAAUGAUAUAAAGACUGAUAAUUUUGUCGAACCCAACAAGAUUCAAACAAUUCUCGAUAUAUUUUUGGCUGUUCCCGAACUUACUGUCAAAGAUGGCAUCGUGAAACUUCUUGGAAGAAUUGUUUAUCUAAGUGAAUGGACAAAACAGAUUGAAGAUUUGAUGAAAGCGCACAAUGCAACUCAGGCAUCCAUUUUCGUUGAGGAUGCUUUAACUAUUGAUUGUGAUCUAACUAACAAUAUAUGGGAAGGAAAGAGUUUAGUUUUACACGCCAAAGUGAUUUAUAUCGGGCAAAAUUCAAGGAUUCGGUUGUCGGGUGCAGGGUACAGUCCAGGAAACACAAAAGCGGCGAGUGCAACGUCUACAGCAUACAGAGGUGCAGACGGUACGGAUGGUCGAGCCGGCGAAUCUAGUGGAAAUAUUGCUAUAUUAGCAACGAAAAUGUUGAAUCCUUCAAAAUUAACGGUCGAAUUGAAUGGCGGAAGGGGCGAAGACGGACAAGAUGGUGGUGACGGCUGUAAUGGAAAAGAUGGUGUCGGUGUUACAAAAUCUGAUCUUGAUAAUUUGGUUGUUAAUUAUUACAGUUUAUACCGUGAUUCCUGGUCAAAUUUUGCAAAUUAUUCGCCACCUUCCAAUUGGUCGAGAAAAAGUGAUUCUAGUAGUAGUGGAGAGUAUAUUUAUCGAACAUACGAAGAUGAAAAUGGUCGCACGAUGACCUAUUCUUUUGCUGCUGACAAAGGAUGGACUUAUUCAACGUACGAACUCUAUUUUUUCAUAUGCGGAUCCAAAGCAACAAGCGGAACACAAGGUGGAAGCAAUGGUGUUGGUGGUCAAGGUGGUUAUAAUGGAACGUGUGCAGCUCAAAAUCCUGAAACUGGUGAAGAAUUUCAAAUAAAUAUCAUACGACAUGGUAAUAAAAGUGGACCUAAUGGUGACAAUGGAAAAGUUGGUCAGAGCGGUAGACACGGUAUCAAUGGAAACGAUAUGGGGCUAAUAGAUAGAUCAGCAAAAGAAGCCUCAAAACACUACGAAGGUAGUUCAGAAAGAAAACUGAAUUGGGAUUAUUUUUACAAAGCUGAAUUCAAAAGUCGUUUGAAUGGUUAUCGGCGUUAUAAAGAAAAAGAAAGUGCCUGUUUUAUCAAGUUCGGCGACGGGGAAACAAUUGAUCAGACACAACGAUGUGCAGAGCAAGCAGAGAGAAGAGAAACUGCUCAAUCAUCUACUUCAAAAGCCGUAGCAAAACAAUCGAUUAUUAUUAGCAAGGUUUUGUCCGAAGCGCAAACUGUCUUUGGAAAGCAGAAUGCCUUUCUCGUUAGUGCAUGUGAGACAACGAAACAUGCAGCUAUCGGUGAAGACGAAGAAGAAGAGGAGGAGGAGACGGCAGAAAAUGUUGCCGAAGAAGUGGUAAUACUACGACAGAAAGAAGAAACAAGUAAAUUAUCAAAAUAUACGCCUGACAGUGAAAAGAAAAAACGUCCUGCUUAUACUCCUGAAACGUAUGUUGAUUAUGUGAAAUCUGUUGGGCGUCGAACAACAGUAAACAACUGCGCGCAGAUUCUGUUUGAUCUAUUCAGCGUGGAAUUUCCGCCGGUAUUGUUGGAAACGAUUGCUUUGAAUACACUCUUCCAUCAGAUGCGGUAUCGUCAACAAAUGCAAUCUUCAUUUGCUCUUGUCUUAGUCGCUACUCUUCAAUCGAAAAUUGCCAAUGGGAAGAGUUACGAUGAAAUCAAAGAAUUCAGCUCAAGUUUAUCCGAACGUCGCAAACGAAAAUUCAACCUUUCUCGUUUGCGCCACCAAUUACGAGACAUUACCAAAGAAUUGGAUACUGUAGAUGUGCAUCCAUCAAUGGGCCUCAUGCCCGCUGCUAGCAGUUAUUUUGGCAUCAAAGAAAAUCCAUUAUGUAGUACACUGCUUGCCUACACAGAUUCGAACAAUGUUAAGUUAGUCAUCAAAGCAUUCUUCUCACAAUAUUCGGCCAACGAGGUGGAUAUUCAGCUUUUGGAUGCUUUAAAUACAUUUGUGAAAAAUGUCAAGCCAAAUUAUAUUUCAUCAUUUGCAUCAUUCGCUCAAGACGCGAACUUUCAGUGGACAGAUCGAGAUAUUGUUCAGAAGUUUUUGGAUAGUUUGAAAGCAUGGCUUCUGGAAGAUGCUUUAUUAAAGAAACAGGAGAAGGAGAAGAAAGAUAAGGAGCAUACCAUCGACAGUGAAGAUGAAAUUGAUCGACCGGCAACUCAUCAAAGUCGACAGAAAACGACAUUGGAGUCUCAAUUCGAAAAUUUUCUCAAAGCGAUCGUGGCUGAUUUGGAAUAUUGGAAUAAAACUAUCAAACCAGUCAAUCAACUGAUUUCAAACAACAAAGAUUAUUUGGCCAGAUUCGGCACUCCUCCGAGUUUCGAAAAAAGUGGUUUCUUUAGUAGUGUAAAAUCACAUACUUUCGGCUCAUCGAAUGAUGAUAAAGCAAUUGAACAAACACAACAUCUGAUUAAAAUAUACUAUUUAGCAAAAUCGCUUCUUGUCUACAAUCAAAAGCUUUAUAUUAUAAAUGCGAUGAUGUUGAAAGAACAGGGCAAAUAUUCAUCUGAUAUAUAUUUUGAUGAUUCAAAUGAACUCGAAUGGUUCCUGACCCAGCAGAACCAUCAUCCUGUACCAUCCGACAGUAAUCAAUGUGAAGUGUACAUGUUGAAACAUGAUCUGGCUUGCGCACCGUUUCGAUAUCUUCUAUCACUUCAUUUGAACAUCAAAUUAUGUUCCUAUCGACAGAUCAGUUUUCAAACAUUAAAAAACGUGGAAAUUCUCAAUCGACAGGCUUCUUCCUGUGAAACAUUAUGGCUACAAAAUGAACGACCACCGAUCGGCAUUGCACCUGAUGAAGAAUUCCGAAUAUUAGUGGCUGCUCAAACAUCGAUAGUAUCGAAGUACGAAAAGGUUCUGACUGCUGAAAUGCAAGCUCAAGUCAAGAGAGACUUCAGCACGAGGGAGAACAUAUAUACAUUCACAUCAUUCUUUCCUCCACCGCUCCAUGGCGCUGUCAUCGAAUGGAUUGAAAAUUAUAUCAACGUCACUCAAGACCAAUCGCUUCUUCAUCUUCUUUAUUACCGGCUAUGGGUCGACGGUUGUCACCUUUCAUUGUUCGAACUACAAUUUAUCUUCACAUCAGUUUCCAGUUUGAAAACAUUACAUCAUUGUGAUAUGAAAUACCUUCUUUUACUUGUAAAUUCAGUUCCACAAUCGAAAUUUGUCGAUGUUCUCUUAUAUAUUCGACUUGAAUAUUAUUUCGGAAGACGAUUCAGUGUUGCAUCAAGAAUUUUCGGUGGCAUUCAGUUGAUACCAAAUAUUCGUUUUAAGGCUUUACUAGCAGUGAAAGUAAGCGAAUAUCGUUCGCCGAUUGAUGAAGAAGAUCUUUACAAAAUUAUUCUUAUGCUUCAACAUGCAUCAAAUGGAUCGGAGCAAUUAGUGAAGAUUGGCUUAGGCGAAUGGAUUUCUAUUGCUCAAAAACAAAAGUGGAGUGAAAUUGGAUAUUUAUUACAGCAGUAUGGAUCGGUUGGUUAUUAUCUCGGUGUUCUAGAUAACAAAGGAUUCAAAGAAGAAGAACAAAAGCUAAGAGAAAUUAUUGAAAAAGCAACAUUUAUACCUGAGAAACUCAUUGCUCUCUAUACUCAGUGGAUUGUGACGAGAGAAAUCGUGCCCGAUGAUCAGUUUUUUAAAGACUUAGAGAAACGAUUCGUUCAGACAAAAGAUUAUCCAGGAUUAAAAGAUAAAUCAACGAAAUAUCAGUUAAUAACAACUGAAAUCGAGCAAGCGAAGUUGAUUAACUGGUUAUCAACUGGUAAAAUAUCGGUGAAUCAUGUCAAUUAUGAUGAUUUAGCUGAUAUGAGUGAUCGAAAAGUUGAUGCAUUAGUGAAUAGAAUCACUGGUCUACAUGAUACUCCAGAAGAAGCUGAAAAGAGGAGAAAAAGAAUUCAAGCAAUCGGUACACUUCUGAAAACAAAUGACAGUACAAAAUCAGCAAAUAUUUAUUGGUUAAAUAAGUUCGAAGAAGCGUUGUUCAAAAUUAAACAAAAGCGUCUACGGGACACACAAAAGAUGGCUAUUUUAUGCGCUGUUGAAAGUGAGAAACAUGUUCUCGAACAGGUUAAUACCGGUGAAGGUAAAUCUUUCAUCAUCGCAGCAAUUGCAACGAUCCGUUGCAAAACUGGACAACGUUAUGUCGACAUCAUUACAAGUUCACCAGUUCUCGCUGAACGUGAUGCUGAUGAAAUGGCUGAUAUCUAUACGGAACUUGAUCUAACAGUCGCUGAUAUUCGCAAUGACGAUUCUGAAGCACGCAAGAAAGCCUAUACUGCUAAUAUCGUCUAUGGUGACAUCGCUCGUUUUCAACGCGAUCAUCUUCUUCAUACAUUUUAUAAAAAAAUGAUCAAAGGUGAUCGAACACAAACAGCUGUGAUCGUCGAUGAAGUUGAUAAUAUGUUGCUGGAUAAUGGUAAUNAAAAGAAAAUAACCGAUUCUGUCGAUGAAUUUCUAAACACGCAUCAGUUCGGAAAUCUAUCAAAUUGUUUCGAAGUCGCCAAAACUUGGAUCAAUGCUCCGCAAUCGUUAUUAACGAUUGGCAUCAUUCUCAUGUACCAUAAAAACGGAUUUAAAGAAGCAGAUGAUAUCUUCGACACGAUUCUUAAAGAUGGACAUGAGUUCGGCGGUGAAGCUUAUUAUUAUAAGGCUUGUAUGAGAAUGAGAAACUUCGAUGGAGUACGAAAAGAAAUCCAAUCGUUGAAGUUAAAAGAAGAGCACGCGUUCAAAGAGAAUAUCGACGAAGCAAUUGAAUACUUUUACAAAGCACGAACGUUGUUUCUUCGUCGUUUGCAACGAAAACACAAUGAAGCAGCCAUUGUUACUCAAAUGAUGGAAAAAUUGCCGGUCAAUUGCUCAAAAUCAUCAGGAUUUGCAUCGCAGCUGAAAUCUGCCACGACUUAUAUACAAUUAAUAUUGACUAAUAUCGAUUAUCUUCUUGGCGCGCCCUGUCACCCAAAAAUGUUCGCAGAUAACGAGAUUAGCGAAGCAUAUUCGAAAGAAAUUUAUGAUUCAUUGUCCCGGCAAGGCUUGGUUAGUCCAGUUGUCCUUACCGGUCGAUCAGCGGACAAUUGGCAACUCGAGACUUUCCGCCGAAAGUACAAAUUGCACGGAAAACAAAUCGAAACUUUGAUAAACGAAAUCUCAAAAGAUCCGACAUCACUCGCAUUCAAUGACUAUAUUGUUCUUGACCGAGCGAGUCUUCUGGAUAAAUGUCCUUUAUCAACGAAAAGUGACUUUUGGUUCGAGUUGAAGGUACAACAAACCCUUUACAACGCAGAUGUUUAUUUGAUGAUUAUUGAUCAAUCGGUGUUAAGUAAAGAACUUCUGGAAAAGUUCAAACAACUAAAACCAUACUCACUGACGGAUCCUAAGCAGAUCAAGACUCUAUUGCGGUACUCUGACGAGACGAAAAUGGAUCAGAUGUAUAAGUUGCGUGAUGUUGAAGCUCUGCUUGAAAAGAAUGAAACGUUGAAAAGUGAAAUCUACCAACAUGUAGACAAAGGAAAAUUAAAAUUAGAUAAAUUGGCAAAUGUUUUAAUCAUUCCUGAGCGAAUGUCAUAUUUUUCGGAUUUUGAUGGUGUGACAAUCGAUGAUAUCAAAGAAUAUUUCCAUGUUGAUGAUGACGGCGUGAAAUGGAUUAUGAGUAUUUUACAACAGAAUGAAAUUCUCAAACUUCAAACAGUACAAAUGACACGACUGACCAGUGAUCAGAAUACCUGGCAGAGAUCAGUAAGAAGUCAUUUGGAAAAAGACGCAAAACCACCUGCAGAAAGCGCUCGAAUCGAAUUGAAACUACUCUAUCAAAAUGCCGGUAGACUUCAGCAGAUUAAAGAUCAUCGAAAAUUAGUGAAUGUGACCGAAGAAGUCAUAGCUGCAUAUUGCGAAGUUCCAUCGAAACCCGACAAAGAAGAAACAAUCAAAAGAUUCUAUACUUAUCUAACAGAAAACAAGAUAUUAGAAACUUACCAUUACAAGAUUUGGCGACUGAAUUCCAAACUAGAUUGUUCAUCACUUCCAUUGUGUAUCGCUGAUCAAGUGGAUGAAUUUUUGUCUGAUCGAUUUGCGUAUACCUUUGCUCUGGAGAAUAUCUGUAUCUCAUUGGAAAAAGCCAAUAAAGAUCCUUCGGCAGGUCCAGCACGUAUCUUCCUACCGGAAAAUCCAUUCGGUGAAGUAUUCGACGAUUUCAUCAAUUGUGGACUUGCAAUGCCAUCAAGAAUCUGUGUUUCUUCACAGUAUAUGGAUGAUAUUGACUAUGAGGAUUUUCGUCAUGCCGAAACGAUCAAAUCGAUUGUUCACUCGAAUCGAUUGAAAUUGUACGAUCAAACGGAUUAUCAUAUGGAAAUGACUCCAUUUGCAACUUAUGUUCUUGAUCAAGGUUUUCCAAUUGAUUCCGAUUUACGGAACAUUAUUAGCAAUGGAUUGAAAGUGGUUGUGUCGCGCAAGAAAGAAACAGCUGGUCCAUGGCUAUUGAACAAAGUCAUCGCUGGCGCUGCUUAUUGUUGGAAAGCAAUCAAAUCAGCUGUAAAUGCUGUGCUUUCGUUUGGUUACUCUGUCGUUCAAUUUACUCUUCAACUUCCAGGAAAGAUAUACAACAAGAUAGCUGAUUUUGCAGCACCGUAUGUAAAACAAGCAGGUGAAAUGAUUUAUCGAAUAGCUGAGCCACUUUUGAAUACGAAAGUAGGCAAAGCAGCAGUGGCAACUAUGCAGUUUGCUAAGGAAGCUGUCGUUGAAGGUGUUUAUAAAACCGUUGAAGGCGCAGAAUGGCUCAUUGACAAAGGAAGUCAAGCGGUAAAUUAUGUUGCGAAAAAAGCGACCGAAGCAGUGAAUUGGUUGGGAGAAACAGGUGUUGUCAAGAGUGGAAUUGAGUUAGCGAAUCAAUUCGGAUCAUGGGUUUCGUCAACAGCGAUAUGGAAAUCAGCAGCUGAGAUGGCAACGUUCAUUUACACGAAAAUGAGCAAUUUUUGUACAGCUGCUUCGGAAAGUUAUCAUUAUUACAACCAAUGCCGAACAAUGGCCCGACGAAUUGCUAUAGAAAAAUACGAACUUACUGAUGAAUAUACAAUUUUGAGAACAUUUCAUGAUAUAUCUCGAGAAGAAGCAAAAAACAAUGCGAAUAAUCUGAAUACAGACGAACUUAUUCGUAAGAAUAUCGAAUCUUGGCGAAUACCUUUAGUGGAAUCAUUGAUGUCGACUGUUCAGGCUAAACUUCAACAAUUGUCCAAUGAUCAAUAUACAAUUGAGUUUGUCAAAUCAUCAUUGAACAAAAGUUUUGCAGUAAAAGAUCUUGAAAGCGAAAUCAAUAGUUUAAUCAACUUUUUCGCAUGGAAAAAGCAAAUCUUAUACUUUCAAACAAUUCAAGCAGCUUUCCGAACGAAAACGUCAUUGGAAAAAAUCCAAUUCUCGCCAGUUGAAGGAGUUCCGAAGGAGAUCCAGUUCUUUGUUGUCGAUGGCGUUGAUCAAGUUUUGGAAGAUCUGCAAAAACGAAUGACUGACGAAGGUUACAAAUCAGAAGAUAACGAUAAUGAAAUCUUCAUUGAUGCAGGUGAAUACCGAAAUUGGAAAGAUAUUCUCCAAGCAGUCAUACAGAAAUUCGUCGUAAACGCAGUUAAUUCAAUGUUUAUUUCCAAAACCAUCUCCAUUAUUCUGAAUUACAUUGCAAGUUUACGCGAUGUAACCACUCCGUCCUCAGAAGCAGAGCUAAAUUUCAAUCAAGAUGAUAAAAACCUUAAACAAGCACUUCUCGAAUACAAAGCUACAAAUCAAUCAAAACGAAAAACACAAUUCUUAAUUUCAGAAUUACAUUCGAUUAUCGACAAAGUCAUUACAAAUGGAGAUACUCGGCAACACAAGAAGAUCCUUCAAACAGCUAUCAAAUAUGGUUAUCCACUUCCUCUUUCAGCAGCACCAUUCAUUGCAACUGCCAUGGAUAAAUACUUAACGAAAUCAGGAAUAUACAAGGCUGGCAUUGAUCUUCAAAUAAAGGACAACGAAGGAAAAUUUCUCGUGGAGUUCAAAACCAGAAGAGAAGAAACCGAUAGCAAUAGUUUAAACAAAGGAAAAGUUUAUAUGCGACAAUUUAAUGGAUCAGUUUUUCUUUGUCAAUCGGAUUACCGUGCUUGUAUUGGAAUGUCGGAUCAAAUACAUGACGAAGUCGAUCAAGCUUUCUUUUAUGAAGCUUUUACAGGAUAUUUAAAAAAUUCGCUGAAAUUUCCCCGACAAGCGGAAAGUUUACGGGAGGGAAUUUUGGAGGAAAUCGAACUUUUAUGA